AUGAACUCCGAAGAUCAUAGGCUAUCUCACGCCACUGAACCGCCCGAUAGCCAUGGAACCGCUGAUUACACGAACCUGGGCAAUGGCUCGGGGCCUUUGGAUGAUAACCAGGGCGCAGAGUACCUUGAUGUGAACUGGGAUCUGAACUUGAUCCUCGAUGCCAACUCUGAAAUGCUUCUGGCGUUUGAUUUUCAUAGCCACGGUGGGCCCACGGCAAUGAACGUGCCUCAGCUACCGGGCCAGGGCCAGGCGAUGCCGCCUGGAUCGGGGUUAUCAGAUCAACAACUCCAGAACUAUAUUCCACAACAACAUCAGCAGCAGCAGCAGCAGCAACAACCUCCACAGUCACAACAAUCUCAAGUCCAGCGACAACCCCAUGCCGAACCAGUCAAGUCUACGAAACCUAGAAGACCCUGUGACCACUGUCGAAGACGUAAGACAAAGUGUGUCAUCAUCCCAGGCACGAAUAACUGUGCCCAGUGUGAAUCCAAAUCCAUAACUUGCACGUAUAAUCUGCCACCAAUACGUGACGACUCCGAUAAGCCACAGGCCAAGCGGGCACGUAAGAGCCAGGCUGAACCCGUCCCCAAACGAGGCCAGAACCCUCCCAUGCAAAGCAGAGUGUCCACUCCAGACCAAUUCCCUCGUAAUAAUAAUAACGGCUAUGGUAUGAGCAAUAUCGUGCCUCCUAAUGUCUCCAUCCGUGAUGUCCAACCAGUUCAAGACUACUCCAUGAUGAAUAAUUCUCUCCUUAAGAAGACCUUAUCCUUACAAUUUCCUCGUCUGUCAUUUUACAUUGGUCCAACCUCAUACUUGUUUGAUAAUAACCUAUUAGAUGUCAUUCUUGCGCAGAAAGCGCUGACUGAUGAUGAAGCGUCUAACCCUCGUCGUGCCAAUAAGGUUGAGCAGGUUAAUUUAAGUGAUACUAUAUCCUUGCGCAGGGUUGGUGAUAAGACACAGUUCAUUUUGAAAGACGAUCAGUCCCCUAAUUCCUACCAAAACAUGUCGAACGAUGUCGACGCCAUCGAGAAGUUUGUGGCUCCUCAUGGCCAGAUAUUAAUUGAUCUUUACUUUCGCAUAAUCCAUCCUUCUUACCCAAUCUUGCAUAAGAAAGUCUUCUUGGAGAAGUAUUCUAGAACGCAUCGUGAGUUCAGUGCUCCUUUGCUCGCAGCUGUGUAUGCCCUAGCCAUUCAAUGGUGGGAUUAUGAUCCACAGUUGAAUAGGUUUGCCAAACCAAAUCUCGAUAUGAUGCUCAAGAUCGCCCUCAACAACUUCAUGCUUGAAAUCCUUAAACGUCCCAAGCUCAGUGCCGUUCAAGCAGGUUUAUUAUUACUUCAGUGCAAGCACAUCUUCCGUGAAGCCAAUGCUGGUGAUAGACAAGACGCGGUAGCAAGUGCAAGCGCUUCAUUGAACUCAUCUUUCUCAGAUUCAGAUUAUAACGAGUGGGUUCUUUGCUCCCAAGUGGUUGCAAUGGCAGAGGAGUUAGGCCUUGCUCUCGAUUGCGACAAAUGGAAGCUUCCAAAAUGGGAGAGAGGUUUGAGAAAGAGACUUGCUUGGGCUGUCUUCAUGGAAGAUAAAUGGUUGGCACUCAAGAACUCCAGACCGUCUCAUAUCAGUGAAGACGACUGGGUUGUCUCUGAACUCAAGGAAGAGGACUUCCCUGAGAAAGCUGGAGAUGGCGACUUGAAGGAAGGUUCGUCUGAUAUCAAUAACGGAAAGAAGAACUUCAUGAAUUUGGUUGGCCUUUCGCAGGUUUUAUCCGGAAUCUUGAAAUCCUUGUAUUCCAUGAAGGCUAUGAAGAACAUUGUUGAUAUUAAUGAAGUACUCCUGAUUGCCAAACCCAUCCAAUUGAAGCUUAGAACUUGGUACCAUUCCCUCCCUGUUGAACUUCAGAUGACAUCGGUUCAGCCACGGAAACUUUGCCCCAAUGGCUACUUGCAGUUAUCGUACUUCGCAACCGAGCUCACGCUUCACAGGAAAAUCAUCACAAUCAUGCAUCAAAUGACGAUCAACAACAAGCCUGUUCCUAAGGAACUUAUUGAAGUUUGUCGUACUGCUGCGAAGACUAGACUUUUGGCUUCCAUUGAGUUCGUCAGGGACCUCAAACCCGAACACAUUCAUUCCUUUUGGCACUCAUCGUCAUCCGCCAACUUCACUUUAAUUGGUACAUUUGCCGCUCUUUUAUUCGUCUCUGCUCCAACCAAGGAGGAAGCUGAUUUCUAUAAGGACCAAAUCUUCAAUUACCGCUGGAUCCUUAAGAUUUCCUCCAAGGGUUUUGUCCAAGUUGGAGACGCCCUUAAUCAACUUGACUUGGUGCUCAAGCAUAUUCCAGGACUUCUUAAUGAUACUCAAGAGCAGCCCGGUGUGGCUCCUCAAGUGCCAACCGUCGACUACAACCAGAUUUACGAACAACAGAUGCGAGACCCUACUCGGAAUGCUGGAGACCAGUCUCAAUACAGUGGUUCACCUUCUUCACAAGCCACUUCUGUCGACGGUAACCCGAAUGGAUCGCAUCAAAAUCCGCGUCAUCUGCAACUGCAACAACAGCCUAACCGUUUCAAUGCUCCCAACUCUCAAUUUGUUCAGAAAGGUGGACGGCAAGAGGUUAAUUACGGCAAUAACAUGACAAGGCCUAGCUCUGCCCAGCAGCAUCGUGGACAGUUAGGCGCAGUUGUUGCAUCCCCUUACGAUUCCCCACAAGCUUUUAACACGCCCGGCUUCAGCGCUAACGCUAUUUCUAGAGGAAGUCAUAUCAAUAAUUCCCCUCAGCAUUCACAGGGGAUGUCACCUAAAGAUGUCAUGACACAGCAACGAUCAAUGUUAGGAAACAACAGUCCAGAGAACAGCGCCGGAGGUUCUGAACGAAGACAAAGCUCGGUGAGCCAUGCAUCCGAGGCCCACAGUCACCUCGAAGGAACCUCUUCUAAAGGGAAUAGUCCAGCGGUUACCCGCUCGCCGUUGACUACUCGAAAGUGA